AUGUUCUUGACUUCUGCAUCGGGCCUUUUGGCCCUCUCGCUGUUGAAUCAUGGUGUCCUAGCUCAGAACCAGCCCGACGUUAUCACCGAAGAUACUUACUUCUACGGUCAAUCCCCACCGGUAUACCCAACACCGGAACAAACGGAAACUGGUUCUUGGUCCGCCGCGGUCUCCAAAGCAAAAGAAUUGGUAUCUCAGUUGACACUUGAAGAGAAGGUCAAUCUGACUGCAGGAGGCCAAACAACCACUGGUUGCUCUGGCUUCAUCCCUGGAGUACCUCGUUUAGGCUUUCCAGGCUUGUGUUUAGCAGAUGCUGGCAAUGGUGUCCGCAACACGGACUAUGUCAGCGCAUUUCCGGCAGGCAUCCAUGUCGGUGCAAGCUGGAACCCUGAGUUGACUUACAGCCGAAGUUAUUACAUGGGGUCUGAGGCCAAGACCAAGGGUGUAAAUAUCCUCCUCGGUCCAGUCUUUGGCCCCUUGGGACGUGUCGUCGAAGGUGGCCGCAAUUGGGAAGGUUUCUCAAAUGAUCCUUAUCUUGCUGGCAGACUGGGACAUGAAGCUGUAGCUGGAAUCCAGAAUGCAGGUGUUGUUGCUUGUGGAAAGCACUGGCUUGCUCAAGAGCAAGAGACUCACAGACUUGCCGCUGCCGCCACUAAGGCAGAGGCUAUAUCCUCAAAUGUUGAUGACAAGACACUUCAUGAGUUGUACAUGUGGCCUUUCGCUGAUGCAGUCCAUGCAGGACUUGCCAGUGUGAUGUGCAGUUACAACAGAGCCAACGGUUCUUAUGCUUGCCAGAACUCGAAACUUCUCAACGGCCUUCUCAAGGGAGAGCUGGGCUUCCAAGGUUUCGUCGUUUCGGACUGGGGUGCGCAGCACUCCGGUAUGGCCUCCGCUCUCGCUGGACUUGAUGUCGCGAUGCCUAGCUCCAUAGUGUGGGGUGCCAACCUCACUCUUGGUGUUCACAACGGAACCAUUCCUGAAUCACAUGUUGACGGCAUGGCUACCAGAAUUCUCGCCACUUGGUAUCAGCUCAACCAGGAUCAGCCAGACUUCCCCACUCCCGGCCACGGACUAGCCAAGGACCUAUCGGCACCUCAUCCUAUUGUAGAUGCUCGAAACGCGAGUUCCAAGUCUACGCUAUGGGAUGGUGCGAUAGAGGGUCAUGUUCUUGUUAAAAACACUAACAAAACGUUGCCGCUCAAGUCCAACCUGAAGCUUGUCUCUCUAUUUGGCUACUCACACACAGCCCCUGCUAAGAAUAACCCAGAGCCAGUAGUCAAGGGUGCUAUGUUUGCUCCGUGGGCUAUCGGUGCCCAAUCUGCCAACAUCACUGAGCUGAAUGGAGGUUUCCUGGGAAACCUGAACCUCACCUACUCAGCCAUUGCACCUAACGGCACUCUCAUCUCUGGAGGAGGUUCGGGAGCCGCCGCCGCAAGCUUGAUCAGUUCGCCGUUCGACGCGUUUGUCUCUCGAGCCAGAAAAGAUGGCACCUCACUGUACUGGGAUUUCGAAAGCUGGGAUCCUUCUGUCAACCCCACCUCUGAAGCUUGCAUCGUUGCUGGAAACGCAUGGGCUAGCGAGGGUUGGGACAGACCUGCUAUUUAUGAUGAUUACACUGACAGUCUGAUCAACAAUGUUGCCGACAAAUGUGCAAACACAAUUGUCGUCCUUCACAACGCCGGUGCACGUUUGGUGGAUGGUUUCAUUAGCCACCCUAACAUCACUGCUGUUAUCUACGCACACCUUCCAGGUCAGGACAGUGGAGAGGCGCUCGUUUCUUUGCUUUACGGAGAUGAGAACCCAUCCGGUCGUCUUCCAUACACUGUCGCCCGCAACGAGACAGAUUAUGGUGUAACUCUCAAGCCUGACUUGACUCUUGCACCCAACAAGUUUCAGCACUUCCCACAAUCCGAUUUCUCAGAGGGUGUUUUUAUCGACUACCGACACUUCGACGCCAAAAACAUCACGCCUCGCUACGAGUUUGGCUUCGGUUUGAGUUACACGACCUUUGAGUAUACUGAUCUCCAAGUCUCCGGUCCCGAGACAGAAGCCCCAGAAUACCCAACUGGGGCUCUUAGUGAAGGUGGACGCGCUGAUCUAUGGGAUGUUGUCGCUGUUAUUUCGGCCAAGGUCAGCAACACUGGCGACGUUGAUGGCAAGGAGGUUGCGCAACUAUAUGUCGGUACUCCUGGGGAUGGCGCCCCCGUCAGACAACUCCGAGGUUUCCAGAAGCCAAGUAUCAAGGCUGGAGAGACAGUAGAAGUUAAUUUCGAGCUCACGCGUCGCGACUUGAGUGUUUGGAAUGUUGUUGCCCAAGAAUGGCAGCUUCAGCGGGGUGGUUAUAACGUAUUUGUUGGAAGCAGCAGCCGCAAACUACCCUUGCAAAGCACUUUAGUUAUUUGA